CGGCGGCAAGGGGGCUGUGUGACAGACUUCUCCGGACCACGUUCCUGGAAGCGCGAGCUGUGUUGUGUAGGGUGUCUGGGAGUCAGCUGCUGCGUGUCCGGCUCUGGAACCGGGAGUCAGAAGAGCUCCCUCAGUGGCUCUCUAUGCAAAGGUGUUUUGGAAUCAUGGAUCCCAGCUCCGAGCCUUAGUGGAAGUCACGGCUGCCAAUUCACCGGUGGCCCGGCGUGUCAGAGGACACGGCGGUGGUGGAGUGUCUCAGGAGAGCUCUGCUGCUCUCCACUCCUAGGUUUUGACAGUGCCUCGGGGCCUGUAAGCAUCUGUGGUUUGGUUUUUGUUUUUUUGUUUUUUGUUUUUUCCUUUCAAGAUGCCAUUUACAGACUUUGUUCUGGCCCUAAAAGACAAUCCCUACUUUGGGGCUGGAUUUGGACUGGUAGGUGUAGGCACGGUUCUGGCUGCAGCCCGAAAAGGAGCCCAACUGGGUCUAGUGGCAUUCCGGCGCCAUUACAUGAUCACACUCGAAGUCCCUGCUAGAGACAGAAGUUAUGCCUGGUUGCUUAGCUGGCUUACCCGACACAGUACCCGCACACAGCACCUCAGUGUUGAAACCUCAUACCUUCAACAUGAAAGUGGCCGAAUCUCCACCAAGUUCGAAUUUAUCCCCAGCCCUGGAAACCACUUCAUUUGGUAUCAGGGGAAAUGGAUCCGGGUACAACGAAAUCGAGACAUGCAGAUGGUAGACUUGCAAACGGGAACUCCCUGGGAAUCUGUCAUCUUUACAGCCCUGGGCACUGACCGAAAGGUUUUCUUCAAUAUCCUGGAAGAAGCACGAGCACUAGCCCUGCAGCAGGAGGAGGGGAAGACGGUGAUGUACACAGCUGUGGGUUCUGAAUGGCGUACCUUUGGAUAUCCACGACGCCGCAGGCCACUGGAUUCUGUAGUCCUACAGCAGGGUCUGGCUGACCGAAUUGUCAAAGAUAUUCGGGAAUUCAUUGAUAACCCAAAGUGGUACAUUGACAGAGGCAUUCCCUACAGACGUGGUUACCUUCUUUAUGGGCCCCCUGGUUGUGGAAAAAGCAGCUUCAUAACAGCUCUGGCUGGAGAAGUGGAGCACAGCAUCUGCCUGCUCAGCCUCACAGACUCUAGUCUCUCAGAUGACCGGCUCAACCAUCUGCUCAGUGUAGCCCCGCAGCAGAGCUUGGUGCUCCUGGAGGAUGUGGAUGCCGCUUUUCUCAGUCGAGACUUGGCUGUGGAGAAUCCUGUAAAAUACCAAGGUCUAGGUCGUCUCACCUUCAGCGGACUGCUCAAUGCUUUGGAUGGUGUAGCCUCCACUGAGGCACGUAUUGUGUUCAUGACCACCAAUCACAUUGACAGGCUGGAUCCUGCCCUGAUACGUCCUGGGCGAGUAGAUAUGAAGGAGUAUGUGGGCUACUGCUCACACUGGCAGCUAACCCAGAUGUUCAAGAGGUUCUAUCCAGGGCAAGCACCUUCCUUGGCUGAGAACUUUGCAGAACAUGUCCUUAAAGCUACAUCCCAGAUUAGUCCUGCCCAGGUGCAAGGCUACUUCAUGCUGUAUAAAAAUGACCCCAUGGGGGCUGUUGACAAUGUUGAAUCUCUAAGGUGAUCAUCAGGCCACUGUGCCUGGUGCCCUCUUCUGGACUGGGAUAGAUGCAGGCAGAACACUGUAUACAUAAUAAAUAAAUAAAUAAAUCUUUAAAAAAAAAAAAAAAAAGACCCUUUCCACCUUAGAACUUUUAGAGAACAGACUUAGAGCCCCCCGGCCAUACCCAAAUCUUGUAGCAAUUUAGAAAGAGUCAUACCUAGCUCACAACUGUCAGUAACUCCAGCUCUAUGUGAUCUGAUACCCUCACACUGACAUACAUGCAGGCAAAACACCAAUCCACAUAAAAGAAAAACAAUUAAAAAAAGAAGAAGAAGAAGAAAAAGCCAUACCAUACAAGCUAGGUGCUGUUAAGCGAAGGCCAAAUCUCUUUAUUGCCUCCCUCCCACCCCCAGUUCCCUGUCCCCCCACAGUACUGCUAGGAACCUUCCUCGGAUUCCAAGCCCAUGGGCUCCCUGUGAGUACCAGACCUGUAUGCUCCUUGGCCCGGAGGUAGGUGGGAGUAAGAAGAACCUGGUGUACGGCUUUUGGAGCGUUCCCAGCGAGCACAGUCCCGAGUGCAACGAGCUGUGGGGCCCUGCCAGCUACCAGGCCCCUUUUCCUGAGGAAGACCUGUGAGCCCUUUGUUACGGGGUUCUGGCUUUAAGUCCACAGUCUCCUUGAGAGGCUUCCCAGAAGGUGGCAGUUCUUGGAUGUUACUGGUACCUUUUGUGGCACAGUACUCCCCUCCUUUUUGGUGCCUCCGAUCAUACUGUCGCCAGGAGCCACGACCAGAUCGUGGAGGAUCUAGCAUAGAUUUCUGAGUCUCACCCAGCCUCUGCUGAUUUGGGCCAGCCCCUGGAAUCUUCUCAUAUACAUACUGGGUAGCCAUGGGUAGAGUUGGCACAGUUGACUGGGCAGCUAGGGAAGUAGACUGUUCUGCAGAAAGGGCAUUAGAUGGUUGGGAUCCUCUAGAGACAUCUACAGCUGACUCAGGUUCCAGAGUAGUAGGAGGCUGGGAAGAAGAGAGGCAAUGCAUCAAGGGAGAUCCCUCUCCACUACCAGCCGGCCAUUAUCCUCCCUAGGCAAAAUGGAGCACAUCCUCACAAUAGCGCUGGAGGCACUGAGGCCAAGAGGGGAACCCUUUCCUUUCCUCACCUGCUGAAGGCUAAUGAAGUACCGGUUCCGUUCUGCCUCAAGGUCAAUGAUGCCACCUUUUUCCUGCUGUCUCUGAUAUAGCCGCUUAAGCUCUUCCUGUUGGCGCAAGCUCUCUGCACUGGGUUGGUACAGCUCCUUGGAGGAAAGGAAGCAGAAUGGCAGGAGAAAAAAACCAAGAUGAGAAAGCGGUCAACUUGAACCCUAACUCUUCUAGGAUUGUCCUAGGAGAGCUGCAUGAGGUUCCUAGUGUUUUGUUUUAGACAAAAGUUUCAUAAAGCCCAGACUGGCCUCAAACUUACCAUUUGGCCAAGCAUGACCUUGAACUGCUUUUCCUCCUGCCUCCACUUCCUGAGUGCUGGGAUUAAUUGAGUUACCACUGUACCAAUACCAGGUUUUUUAAUGCAGUGCUGGGGAUCAAACCUAGGGCUUUGUGUGUGCUAGGCAAGUGCACUACUAAAUGAGCUACAUUCCCAAUCUGAGUUCUUGGUUUUGUUCCUCAGAGUUGGGCUUCUGAAGUCUUAGGCUCCUGGUGGGGCUGUGGCUUCAAAGAAUAGUCUUAAGCAAGUCAAACCCAACUCCAGAGAAUAGCAGAGACAAGAUGUCAUUUCUCUCUCCUUAGAGAAUGCCACUAUUCCUGGUUUAGACCGGAAGGAAAUCCCUUACCAUGGGUUGUUGGGGUUCAGGGGCUGCUUUCAGCGAGGCAAGGUCAUACACAAGGGGCUCCCUGCACACAGGACACUGCACACCGACUGCCUUCUAAAACAAGAGGAGAAAUCACAUCCCGCUCCCUGUCAGCCAGCCCAGUCCUUGGAGGGCUGGGGUUGAAGGGCACAAGCAUUAGCUGCUCAGCAAUGAUGGGGGACGGAGCAGGAAAGGGCUGCCUAAGGAAAUGUCUGGCAAUGUUGCAAAGCCGCAUGCAAUAUGUCAGUGUACACAAGGAUGCCUUUCUGGAUUGGGGUGAGAGUUAAUCUCAAAGGUAUCUACAACUAAAUGAUGAAAAGCCACUAGAAUGGAGGGAUGGAGAUGGAUGUGAAGGUCUAAGGGUACCAGACAAGAAAGCCGGUCUGGCAAUGUCUACCUGUUUGGUGACAACAUGCUGUGGCUCCUGUUCGGGUCCUUGUGCCUCCAGCUCUUGCUCCAUGUGCUGGAUGUAGCGAGCGAGGCAGUGGCAGUGGAAGUAGUGGUAACAGGGUGUUUUGGUAAAGGCCUCCUCUUCCUGUAGGGAGACGGAUGCAGAGUCCUGCACCUGUGGCCACGCACUUGUCCUUACCUAUCUGCUCAAGCUCACUCCAGGCUGCAGCUGAGAAACCCACCUGGAAACCAUAGAGGCAGAUGACACACUGACCAUGGGGGAUGUUGUUGUCUGUGAGAAUUUCCUUCCCUUUCUGAAAGGAGAGAAGAUGCUACUGAAAUGUGGAGGCAGAAGACUAAACACAUCCCAUGUUCUUCUUCCAGGAGUGACUGGCUGGGUGUGAUAUCUACCAAGCCACCUUGCUACCUUACUGUUUAUGCAUUCCUAUCCCGGUGAUGUUCUAUUUGCAAGAAUCCCUCUCUAUGUCUCCCUCCCCCCAAUUGAUCUUCCUGGUUUCAAAAUCUAAGUCAAUUAUUUCUCCUGUCAGUAAGUCACCUUUAAGGUACUUGGAGAUAAAAAUAAUAUUCCUA